AUGCUUAGAUACUCUACCCGUACCCUCUCGAAGUCGGCCGUGCUUAGAGCCGCCACCCGGACUGAAACCGAUGCCUUCGGUCCCGUUGAAGUCCCCGUCGACAAGUACUACGGUGCCCAAACUGCUCGUUCGAAGCACAACUUCAAGAUCGGGGGCCCCGCUGCUCGCAUGCCCUUGCCUGUGGUCCACGCUUUUGGUAUCUUGAAGAAGGCUGCUGCCACCGUCAAUGAGGAACUUGGCGCUCUUGACCCCAAACUUGCCGACGCUAUCAAGAAGGCUGCUACCGAAGUUUCCGAAGGUAAGUUGGACGACAACUUCCCCCUUGUCGUGUUCCAAACCGGUUCGGGUACUCAAUCGAACAUGAACGCCAAUGAAGUCAUCUCCAACCGUGCCAUCGAAUUGUUGGGCGGUGAAUUGGGCUCCAAGACCCCCGUCCACCCCAACGACCACUGCAACAUGUCGCAAUCGUCAAACGACACCUUCCCUACUGUGAUGCACAUUGCUGCCGUUACUGAAAUCAACAACCAAUUGUUGCCCGAACUCACCAAGUUGAGAGACGCUUUGCAGGCUAAGUCCGACGAGUUCAAGGAUAUCAUCAAAAUUGGUAGAACCCACUUGCAAGACGCCACUCCUUUGACUUUGGGUCAAGAGUUCUCGGGAUACGUUCAACAAUUGACCAAUGGUAUCGAACGUGUCGAGAAGGCGUUGCCUAACCUUUACUACUUGGCUCAAGGUGGCACCGCUGUCGGUACUGGCUUGAACACCAAAAAGGGCUGGGACUCUAAGGUUGCUGCUGAAGUUUCCAAGCUCACUGGCUUCCCUUUCAAGACUGCCCCUAACAAGUUCGAAGCUCUCGCUGCUCACGACGCCAUCGUUGAAGCUUCCGGUGCCCUCAACACCGUCGCUGUGUCGUUGUUCAAAAUUGCCAAUGACAUCAGAUACCUUGGCUCCGGUCCCAGAUGUGGGUACGGUGAAUUGUCCUUGCCUGAAAACGAACCUGGUUCUUCUAUCAUGCCCGGUAAGGUUAACCCUACCCAAAAUGAAGCUCUCACCAUGGUUGCCACUCAAGUUUUCGGCAACAACGCCGCCAUCACUUUCGCCGGUGCUUCGGGUCAAUUUGAAUUGAACGUUUUCAAGCCCGUGAUGAUCGCCAACUUGUUGUCGUCGAUCAGAUUGGUUGCCGACGGUGCCAGAUCGUUCAGAGAACACUGUGUUGAAGGUAUCCAAGCCAACGAAAAGAAGAUCGACCAAUUGUUACACGAAUCGUUGAUGCUUGUGACUGCUCUUAACCCUAAGAUCGGUUACGACAACGCCUCGAAGGUUGCUAAGAACGCCCACAAGAAGGGGUUGACUUUGAAGCAAUCCGCCUUGGAAUUGAACAUGUUGACUGAAAAAGAAUUUGACGAAUGGGUCAGACCUGAAAACAUGAUUGGUCCCAAGUAA